AUGGGAAGAUCCGCCGAGUUUGAAGCCCACGAGUUCGAAUUCGAUCCGAUGCCUAUAGAUCCGACGAUCUAUCCGACGAUCUAUCCGACGAUCCAUUAUCCGGACAGACCAGUGAACUACGUGAUCGGUAGUGAAAUCCGAAUCAACUGUGGUUUACUGAACAAUACCUUCACAGAUCAGGCAGGAGAGUGGCAGGUCCACGUAGACCACUCGAGUUUGCUGUUUCGUUUGAAUAGCAAAGAGCUCGACGAGACCAGCGAGUUCGUUGAGAAAGUCGACGAGAAUACGAUUGCAUACGUGAAGAAGAAUGCCACCGCCGAGGACUCCGGGGCUCUAUGGUGCUUGGGCCGUGGGCCGGACGCGAAGAACAAUACCGUGUACUACGCCGGUUGCGCGAGAUCUGUCUUCGUCGGAACCCCACCCGAGAAAGUCCAUGAUUUCGAAUGUACUUCUUAUGCCUUCGCGAACAUGACGUGCACCUGGAGGAAUCCACCGAACAGGGUCAAGACACAUUACACUAUAGAAAUCAGCUUCGGGGUAACGCGCACCUUUGGGGCGAGUUGGAAACCCUGUCCUGUUGAGCAUACCGCUCCCCAAUCAUGCUCCUGGUCGAGCAAUACAACUCCGAGCUAUCAUAAAAUGGCUCCGGAAUUCUUCUUCCGGAUCAACGGCAGCAACGCUCUGGGCAACAACAGCUGGGAGUUCAACGUAAGCCAUGGGUCUAUAGUGAAACUUUCCCCGAUCAGACGUCUCGGGAUGACCCACACCCUUGACCGAGAGGUGAAACUCUCAUGGAAAGCCCCGGAGGAAACCGAGCACGGCGGCUGGAAAGAAGCCUUGAAAAUCACCUACGAGGUCACGCUCAUCCGAUUGAAUAGCAGCGACAGCAGAAUAAUCUUGACCAACGACACCGUCGCCCUCGUGGAUAAACUGCUGCCCUUUAACGCGUACGAGGCUCAGGUUCGCGCGAGAAUUUCCGCGACGUCGAGGCUCGAUCUGGACUCGGACCCGGUGUCCGUCAAGUUCGCUCUGCCGAGAGCCCGACCCGACGGACCACCCUCAUUGCUGCCGAGCGCCUUCAAAUACAAAUUGUUCAAUAGUGUUAGAACAGUCACCUUGCUCUUCAGUGAAGUGCCCAGAUUGCAAUGGAACGACGACUAUUUCCAGUACAUCGUACAAGUUUGCUCACGUGUCGAUCAGACCUGCUACAACAGGACCGUGGACCACACCGACGUCGAGCUGGAAGAUCUCUCGUUGUCGAAAAUGUAUCAUGUGAACGUCUGGUCGUUGAAUUCCGAAGGUCCAUCUUUGACCUCUAGUGAAAUCGUCAUUCGGGAGCAGAGUGAACUCCUCGCCGCUCCGACGAAUGUCCAGGACGAACUCGGAGACGGCACUGUCACCCUCCGGUGGAGGACACCCCCAACCCUAGCGAAACUCGGAGCUCUGAGCGCCGACGUGUACUGGUGCGAAAGUUUCGAUAAACGGCGUUGUCGAGGCGAAAUCCACAGGAAACUCGCGGAAAGGAAUGAUUCCGCUCGCAUUGAGGUUGACGACCCUCGGAACUAUAUCUACGGAGUUGCCCUAACCGAUGCUGGGGGACGAACUUCCGGCUCGGUCUGGAGCAUUUGUGAGAUGAAUGCCGGAGCCCGCGUUGGUCAAGUGAGGGAGCUCGAAGCCUUGCCCGACGGUGAUACUCAGCUUGUCUUGAAAUGGAAGACGGGAUGCUACCAACGAGAGGACGUAGCGGGAUACCAAGUGGAAUACUGUGCAAUAGAGCAGCAUGAAGACGACGUGCUAGCUUACGCUGAAGAAUGCCAGCAACGGAGACCGAGCAAUUUCUCUUUGAGCUGUCGCCUGCAUAACUUCACCAUCUCCACCGAGGAAGACAUCUUCAUGUUGGAACAACUCCAGACAGGGGCAGUGUAUCGAGUGGUGCUGCGCGCCAUCGAUAAUGCUACAACUAAAUUCGCCCCCGACUCCGCAGCCGUAUGCGCUAGGGUUCAAGGCCGGGGCCUGUCUGUUCUGACCUUGAUUUUGAUCGCUAUCGGAAGUGCACUCGGAUUCACCGUUGUCAUUCUCGGGGUUACGACGAUGGCGAAACACAUGGGAGGGGAACUUCGUUCCACCAAAAAGAACGCCAUACGUCUACCGAAGAAAACGGGUAAACUCACCAAACAGAACCCGCCUAGCCGGGAGACCGAGAUGAAGUUCAUCGAGAGUAACGGCGUGCAUUCGGAAGCUGAGGUACACAUGACUUCAACCUUCAACGGAGGCUCUCAUUCAAGUUUGGACGAGUUGAUUCCGGUGAGUAAUCUCGACGCUCUCAUGAUGGCACCGAGAGACUCCUUGGAAUCGCCAAAUCUGAAUGGAGAGCCCCAGGUCGUACUGGACAUACAGCUCCCGAGCGUCAAUGCCGCAAUGACGUCGCCAAGCAAUGAAAUUCGUCUGGCUCCAGUCCCGCAGGCGAUUCCUAACGGAAAUGCACAGAUUCUCCCUUCGACAAUGCCUCCGUACACACAAUUAGGAUUGAGUGCGACGCACUUUGCAGCGGCACCCGAACAACCGAGAACGACAGGUUACUCGCAACUAUCGGUCGUGCCGAUCGCUCAACCCGCUGCUGCUGAUGACAACGACGUCGACGAUGCAGAUGAGUAUCGCGAUGACGAUGAAGAUGAGGAUCGAGCUCCUUCACCUGAGCCAGAGAGGCUUCCACGACCACAAACCUCGGACUACGUGGCCUUCGACGUCGCCUACAGCGACCAGUCGAGAGCUGCCCCGAGCUCGAACGGUUACGUGCCCGCCGUCCGCGAAAUCAUCUUCGCCGUACCCCUGCACGGAAAACUCAUAAGCGUCGCGCAUAUCUCUGACUACCUCGAGCAAACUUCCGUAUUCUUCACAGCUCGUGAGACGAUCUACAAAAAUUUUGAAGAGCUGCCUGUAGAAUCGCGGCCAUAUCAGAAUUUCGUGGGACGUCCAUACGGGAACGCAAAGGGGAUGCGGGUUCUCGCGCUCUGA